GCAAAAAGAUUGGAUGGUCUCACUUUCGUUCGAGCGAUGGCCGCAGUUGGAAGUGAAUUCCCAAGCGAACCGAUCAGUUGUAGGAACACCAACACUCCCGCCAAACCCGAUCGCCUGAGGUCAGUGAAAAAACGUGUGACCACGUGCUUGCAGCAGUUGCGCGAAAAACUCCCGGCAGCCGGAUCCUUUCGCAAGAGCUCCACCGGCCGUUUCUACCAGGUCUUCGUCAGGGCCGACUUUUCCGCCUUUGGGGAGAGGUUUCGGAAGAUCUUUAAGUCGGCGCGAAAAACCGAAUCGCCGGAGUUGUGGAAAGUGCCUCUGGCCCAUGACGUCACUGGGCCGAGCAGCCAGCACUUGCAGAUCGUAGCCAGACUCUUCUCAUCAACUCUGAUUUCCACCAAGGAGAUCUCGUACAGCAACCACAGAUAUAGCUGCAGGAGCGGGAAAAGCGAGAGCUACAGCAGCAACAUGACCAUUAUCGAGAGCAACUAUAUAGCGGUGCGCGAGGAGCACCCCGAUAUCGAUAAGGAGAUUCGCGCCAUAUUGCUGAGCCACGCCCAGAAUGGAAUCACGAUAUCGAGCAUCAAGAGUGAAUAUCGGAAACAGACGGGCAACCCCUUUCCACUGCACGACAACAUCACGGACUUCCUGCUGACCAUUCCCAACGUGACCGCCGAGUGCAGCGAGUCGGGCAAGCGGAUCUUCAACCUGAAGCCCAGCCUGAAGAACCGCCACCUGCUCGAAAUGGUGCUCAACCAGAAGCAGCGCUCCAGCGACUGCAGCAGCGGAGCUCCCUCCGUGGAGGACCAGCCACGUGCCCCACCACGCUACUGGAAGAAUCCCUACAAGCGGCGGGCCCUCUCCCAGCUGGACAACAACCUGAACACCGUGCCCAAGCUCACGGCUGACCAGACCAAGGCGGUCGACACCAGGGCGGCUCCGCUGCAGCAACUGGCCAAGGAGGCAGCGGAGUCGAACUGGUGCUACCAGGAUAAUUGGAAUCACCUGAACAACAUUUACCAGCGAUCCAGCGUAAGCGAGCCGCAGAUACAGCUGCCGGUGCCCAUCAACAUCUACAGCGAUGCCCCCGAGGAACCGAACCAGAUGAAUGUUCCCCAGCACCACCCACUCUGCCAUAACCGCAACCAGAAUCCGAGCCAGAACCAGCAGGCCAAACAGGACGCAAACCAGCACCUGGGAAUCUUUGUGCAGCCGUUCAGCGACAUGAACGUGCUGAAGAGACGCCAAGAGAUGACGCCCACGCCCACGACCCUAUCGAGUGGCACCUACAACGAUUCGAUGCUGACGAUCAACUCGGACUACGACGCCUACCUGCUGGACUUUCCGCUGAUGGGCGACGACUUCAUGCUCUAUCUCGCCCGCAUGGAGCUCAAGUGCCGGUUCAGGCGCCACGAGCGAGUCCUGCAGUCGGGCCUCUGCGUGUCCGGACAGACGAUCAACGGGGCCCGGAUGCGGCUGAAGAAGUUCCAUCUGCCCGAGGGCACCCAGAUCAUAGUCAACAUAGGGUCGGUGGACAUAUUGAGGGGAAGGCCCCUGGUCCAGAUCGAACACGACUUUCGACUGCUGAUCAAGGAGAUGCACAGCCAGCGAUUCGUGCCCAUCCUCACGAACCUGGCGCCGCUGGCCAACUACUGCCACGACAAGGAGCUGUGCGACAAGGUCAACCGAUUCAACAAGUUCAUCCGGAGCGAGGGCAGACACCUCAAGGUGGUGGACAUACACUCCUGUCUGAUCAACGAGAGGGGCGUCGUGCGAUUCGAUUGUUUCCAGCACUCGCCACGCCAGGUCACCGGUUCCAGGGAGCCCUACCUGUUCUGGAACAAAAUCGGGCGACAGCGCGUGCUGCAAAUCAUCGAAUCGAGUCUGGAGUACUAAGUAGGGCUUAUCAUACCCCCAGAUAUACCAUAUAGACUGGGCUGGCACCGGAACUAACCAGGAUGAUUUUACGACUUACGCUGAUGUUCGCUCGCUGUUUUUACGGAUCUCGCUUAGUUUUAAUAUGUUUUAUGUGUCCUUGUUGAUAUGUUUAUGUUCGUGCCCUUGUCUUAGUCCCUAAUUGUAUAGAUUUGUGUGUUUUGUGUUCUGUGUUAGAUUUUAACUUCUUUGUUUUCAACUGUGUGUGAUUGUUUGGCACACCCCCCUUGAUUUUCUGCCCACUUUUUGCUGCUGUCCCAAAAGCUGUGUGGAAAAUCGAAGUCGAAACAAUUGCAAGCAGUUGAAAACUUUCCUCCUAACUUUUCCGCCCUGCCCAAAACCAUUUUCCCUUUAAAUCUACAUUCCAAUUCGGAUUGCAAGGCAAAAUGGGAUUUAAAUGCAAAUCAUUGCAAAUGUUAUAAACUGUUUUUUGUUCUACAUUUUCUGUGGGCCAAAAUGCUUCAUGCUCUUGUAUGGAAACCAGCCACUCCCCCUAAACCAGAGGGGCGUAGUGGGCGUGGUCUACAUACAUUUGAGCCAUGCUGGAUUUUGGCCGUAAUGAAAAUGCACUUGCUUCACUUGGAAAAUUCGCCUGCACAAAAUCAACGCCGCGGCUGAUUUAUUAUUAAUGUGCUCAGGCAAAUUCAAGUGAAGCACUUGCGCGAUUUUCGUCUUCCUGUUUCCGUUGAAAAAAGUUUAUAAAAAGCUUACACUCUGCUGCAGACACGCCACCGGAAGUGCGCACUAAGCGUCUGUUUGUAGCACAGUGUAGAAUUUCCGAGUAAAUUACAAAAUGCUGCCCUACUCUAAACUCCUCUAGAUAGCUAUCUACUAUUUAUAAACUUAUUUAUUGUAUUGAAUGUAUGUUAAUUGUAUGUUUUGAUGGUGAUCAUGUUUUUUUUGUCCUAUAACAAGAUGCAAUGUAAAAUCCAAAAAAAAAAGAAAAAAUAAUAAAACAAGGGAAAAAGUAAAAA